UAGAUAGUAAUUGCAAAUGCAAAUGCAAGCAAGCCAAAGAGUCAACACUCUAUAAUUUAACAGUACUCACAUCAAAUCAAAUCAAAUCAAAUCAAAUCAAAUCAAUGUUGUGAUAUGAUAAUCAAUGAUGAUGGUGGAUAUGGAAAUGGAAAUGGAAAUGGAAAUGGAAAUGGAAAUAGAAGAUAACGAGUUUGUUUGCGAUGAGAUUGAUUUCGAUUACGAGUUUGAUGCUGCUCGCUUCUUCGAUUUCACCGCGCCGGAAACUACCGCUCAAGCUCGCCAAGCCGAAACCUGGUUUCAAACCGCCGGGAGCUACUGUCCUUCUCCUUUUGUGGCAAACCUAUUGCUCAAAGAGGAGGAUCCUAAACCUAAUUUUGGUUCAAAAGCAGGGUGUGGAAAUGGGAACGUCUCUGGAUCUCUGGGUGUUGGAGUUUUACAGAAUGAUGCUAUGCAAGUGCAACCAGGAAUGACCUUCAGCAGUAAGACAAUCGGUGACAGCUUGAAUUCUAAGGCUAAAUCUGCUCCAAGGAAGGGUUCAACACUGAUGAAACCUACAGCUAGUCAAUUGGCUAAGCAAAACCGGCCCCCUCAAGUUACUCGCUCAAGGUUGCAGAAGGCACAAGCUCAUACCAAGGAAAUGAAUUUAUCUACUUCUGACAAGAUAGAGAUUCAAGCUGCCAAGCGACAGAAAUUAGAGGGCGGUCUCUUGCGCAAGGUUGGUGAUGUCAAGCAACAAGCUACUCUUGUCCACAAGGCACCUAAGCAGGUUUUUAGUGUUGAUGAAUGCUCUGGACAUUCCAAGCUGAAGAUUACUAUUCCUAGAGAGCCUGACCUAAAAACAGCUCAUAGAGCAGAAAGGAUUAGACCCAAAAAUGCUGCAGAGGCAGAACUUGUGACAGUGGCUGCCCCCAGAUUCAAAGCACGACGGUUAAACAGAAAAAUUCUUGAAGCCCCUUCAUUACCACUUCCCAAGAGAAGCACUCCAAGGUUGCCAGAAUUUCAUGAAUUUCACCUCAAGACAUCAGAGAGGGCCAUGCACACACCUGCUGCUUCAUCAUCGACACUUCAAUGCGAUGGUUCUCAUAAGGAUUUGAACAAACAUACGGCUGUUUCUGCCCCAGAAAAUAUAAUUAGGGAUUUGAGAAGGCCAUCUACCAUGGUUGCUCCAAAGCAUGAUGUGUUGGACUUUGGAAGUAAUUUUAAAGCUCGUCCUCUUAAUAAGAAGAUACUUUCAAGUAAAGGAGAUAUUGGUGUUUUCUGGAACAGGAAGCAGGAAACUACCGUUCCAACAGAGUUUAAUUUCCAUACAGAAAAGAGGGUUCAGCAUAACCCACCAAUUGACCACUUUAGCAAGCUAUCUCUAACAUCUGAAGUUCAGUCAAACGAUGGAUCUCAUUUGAAACCGCCUAGGCAUUCCAGGGUGUUCAGAAAGGAUUCAAAAGAAAAUAUGGGAAGCUCUUUCCAUCUGAACCAAAAGGACAAGCCUUUCAUAUUUGGGGGAAAGCAAACUCAAAAUGAGACUGACGGUUGCACCAGCAAAGCUGGUACUCUGUUAACUGCAAGGAGGAGCUUAGGAAUUCGGUGAGAGCGACAAUAAACAAGGGCCAAUUUGCAACAAGCUUUUGUUAUGGCCAUCAAAAUUUUCCCUGCUAAGUUGAAAUUCGAUAGCAACAUAGCUGAAUCUGACAGGCGCCCCAACAAAUCCUCUCAGAUGCUUCUUUUUGUACACAGAAUCUUAGAAAAUUAAUUUGUCAGGGCAGUGAGCAUAGAUGGUAUAACUGCCUUCACUUAUGUUCAUAGAAAAUCAACAGUGAAACGAAAAAGGACACCGGUCAUUAUUCAUUUGAUUCAUUUACAUUUCACAAUAGAUCAUUUAUGAGAAA